UGUCAUCACUAUGACCUCUUCUUCAAGGUCUUCUGCUCUCUCUUCCUUCUUUCUCCCGUCACGGGCGACAUAGCAGAAGAAGAAAGCCAGAGCCAGAGGGGCCUUCAGCUUCUUUAGUUCUUACUCAGAUCCAGUUGACCCCAAGAAUCAGAGCCCCACCUCGCUCUCGAGCUCAAGAUGCCCCGUCUUGGUUGAUCUUUGAUGAUCGAAGUUUUCUUCCUCGAGCUUGAAAUCAGGGGGCACCAGCAGCAGCAGCAGCUCAGCGAUGACAGGGAACUUGGGAGUACACAGAUUCCGAGCUGUUUCAGAUUGCACUGCGCUAAUUGCAGCAUUUUUCGGGGAUAAAAAGGAAGACAAAGUGAGGUUGAGGCUCAAAUAUCGGAAACCAACUACUUUCCCUUGCAAUGCAGGGAGCAGAUUCUCGUUCACAGCUUUAGUCUGGACCCUCGUGGGGUUACUCCUCGUUUUCCAUCUUGUCUCGAUCUGUCACAAAGACAAUAUACAUCACGGAGAGAUCCAAUCAAGAACCAGUGGUUUCCUUCGCCGCCCAAUCUAUCACGAGCUCGAGGUGAUUGAGGAGGUGAAGAACAUCAACAUCCCUCCACCCAGGGGAAAGAGAUCAUCCCGUGCUCCAAAAAGGAAACAUCACAAAAGGUUCUCCCCAAUUAUUGAGGAGUUUCUGGAUGAGGAUUCCCAGCUGAGGCAUGUGUUCUUUCCCAAUCGGAAAAAUUCUAUUGAUCCCAUCGGGAUGACUGGGAAUGAUAGCUCCUACUACUUUCCCGGGAGAGUUUGGCUGGAUACUGAUGGGAAUCCAAUUCAAGCACAUGGAGGGGGUAUUCUACACGAUGAGGGCUCAGAAACUUACUACUGGUAUGGAGAGUAUAAGGAGGGGCCCACCUACCGAGCUCACAAAAAAGGAGCAGCAAGGGUUGAUAUCAUAGGAGUUGGCUGUUAUUCUUCAAAAGACCUGUGGACGUGGAAGAAUGAGGGGAUAGUCCUUGCGGCUGAGGAACUGAAUGCAACACACGACCUUCACAAAUCUAACGUGCUCGAGAGGCCAAAGGUAGUGCACAAUGAGAAGACUGGAAAGUACGUCAUGUGGAUGCAUAUAGACGAUGCCAAUUACACCAAAGCCUCGGCCGGGGUUGCGGUAAGUGAUCGUCCAACGGGCCCCUUCCAGUAUCUUGGGAGUAAACGGCCGCAUGGAUGUGACAGCAGGGACAUGACAGUAUUCAAGGAUGAUGAUGGGUCGGCCUAUAUAGUUUAUUCCUCAGAGAACAAUAGCGUUCUUCACAUGGGACCGCUGACAGAAAAUUACCUCGAUGUUGAGGACGUGAUGAAGCGUGUCCUUAUCGGGCAACAUCGGGAAGCUCCGGCCUUGUUCAAGUACCGGGGAACUUACUACAUGAUUACAUCCGGUUGCACGGGCUGGGCCCCAAAUGAGGCCUUAGCCCAUGCUGCAGAGUCCGUGAUGGGACCGUGGGAGACGCUAGGGAAUCCGUGCGUCGGUGCAAACAAAGUUUUCCGACAGACGACGUUCUUUGCCCAGAGCACUUUUGUCUUUCCGAUCCCAGGGCACCCGGGCUUGUUCAUUUUCAUGGCGGAUAGGUGGAAUCCGUCCAACCUGAGGGACUCAAGGUAUGUGUGGCUACCCUUGAUAGUGGCAGGGCCCCCAGAUCAGCCGUUGGAGUUCGGGUUCGGGUUCCCCCUGUGGUCGAGGGUCUCGAUAUAUUGGCAUAGGAAGUGGAGGCUUCCUUCCGGAUGGAGUACUUUGAGAUGAUCGAUAAGGCCCUAUUAUUCAUCAUUCUUUCUGUUUCUUCUUUCAUCUUUUCCCUUAUGAUAUUUGAUUCUAAAUUUUUGUUUGGCUUUUGGUGUAUCAUAUGCAAGUAUAGCGUAGUGGCGCACAUCUUGUCUAGUGACCGAGAGGUCACAAGUUCGAAUACAAGGAAAUGGUCUUUACUGUUCUUUCCCAUUAAUGGUGAUGUGAAUAUUAGCCAAGGCACAUUUACGGAUCUUCUCUUUGCAAAUAAUACCUAACUUCUGCUCU